AUGAAACGAGCCUUGGUAAUUGGCAAUGAUUCUCAUGAGCAAAAUAACUCAUUACUAACAUGCGUCAAUGACGCUAAUGAUAUGCACGAUGCUUUACAGACAAUCGGAUUUAACGUACUAUGUAAAACAAACCAACGAUUGGAUGAUAUGAAAAUAGCUACCGAUGCGUUCAUACAAUGCAUUCAACCAGGUGAUAUUGCGUUUUUCUACUUUUCUGGUCAUGCUAGUCAAGUGGAUGGUAUAAAUUAUUUGACGCCAACAGAUGAUAGAGGAAUUACUUUACGUACAAUAAAAUAUCGUACUUUGAUUGCUCAGAAACUGAUCCAUGAUGUAUCUCAGCGGCGUCCAGGAUUGUUCAUCAUCGUUCUCGAUUGUUGUCGAACGGGUAUGAGCGAUGACUCGUCAAACGUAAAGAGUUUCUUUGGCUUAACUUCAAAACGAAUCAAAGAUGGACUUGCACCAAUGCAAGCACCACCAUCGACAACCAUUUCUUAUGCAUGCGCACCCGACCAAGCAUCGUUAGCUGGCUCAUCAAAACAACAUAAUAGCGCCUACACUUGCUUUUUACUUAGUUAUAUCGUAUUACCAAUGGAUAUCAAGAAAGUCUUUCAACGAACAGCCAUUGAUGUUCAAAAGUCUACUAGAAGUAUGCAAAUACCGUAUUUGAAUGUCAACUGCUAUGGACCAGCGUAUAUUGUUGACAGUUUCAUGGCUAAUAACCCAGCGGCACAGAAUUUCCUGCAGAGACGGCGUCCGUGUGGAUAUUACCCCUCGUCUGACGAACGACGACAUGGUAUUCCGAAUCAUCAAUAUCGAACCAAUAACUCACAGUGCCGACGGAACACUCAAUUCGGGAUGCCAAAGAAUUAUCACUCACCUAACAAGAUGUUGGUGCCAAACAUCAGAAGAAGAAUUGUGCCUCCUGGUUUCCCGCUUGUCGCUAGCCACAAGCGUCAUCAUGCAUUAAAAGAUAGUCGAUACCAACGGACAAAUUUGACAUCUAGCUUCAAUACUUUUCGAAUAUAUUAA